CUGGCUAUCCUGGCCAUGACAGACUGAGAGGCCAGCUGCCUAUCAGUACAGGAGCUCUUUGGAGAAAGGACUGGAGGAAGUGUUGAAAAGACUAAAACAUGAAUAAAUUUGUGACUGAGCAGGAGGUAACCGAGAGAGGUGUUUAUAAUGAGGUUGUUUCCCUCCUGGCACAUAUGGCUGACCAAGAUAAGAACAAAAUUGCCCUCAGGAUUGCCUCUAUAGCUAAGACCAAGCUGGCUAGUGUUGUGAGAGUUCUGCUGGAGAAACUGCAACAGGAUGAGCAAAACAGAGUAGCCAUCUACUAUAUCCUGGAGGGGGUGUUACAGCAGGACACCGGGGGCCUAGAGAUGAGGCUAGUGAACAAAAUUAUAAGCCUAGCCUCAGAGCAGAUGAGAGAGACUCGGGAAGCAACAAAUGAGGUAAAAGUGGCAGCUAGCAACACGUUAGUGACUCUGGCAAGGUGCUAUUUUGAUGAUGUCAUGUAUGAGCUGCACUGUCACCUGAAACCACCGAAGCUGCCUGAAGAGUUUAUUUUAGUUACACUGGGCAACCUGUCAUCAGCCUAUGCACUUGACUGUAUCCCUUUUGUGGAAGUGACCCUGAGCACCAUGUUCUCCAUGCUGGAGUUAGUCAAUGACAGCAGGAUGAGACAAGCAUUUUGCGGUGUUCUGGAACAAUGGUCAAGGGCAGUACGUCUCUUUUUGGCUAGCUGGGAAAAGUACCCAUUCCCCAAAGUGGGCGAAUUGCGGCUCUGCAAUCAUUUUCUUCCCGUCUACUCUCAUGUGACCAGCAACUGGCUGACCUGUGAGGAGCUGGAGCUCAAGCAGGCUGUCAUCAAAGCCCUUGGUCCCAUGAUGAGUCUACUGCCACACAAAGAGGAGUAUCAAGGUCAGAUAUUUGAACAGAUGUCAUGGCUUCUUGAGCAAUAUAAGGAGAGCACUGAUGUUUUUCACGUCACCAAGAGUCUGAGCCAGCUCUUGGAGGUCUCGGGUGAAUAUAAGAUCCCUCUCCCUAAGAGGAAGUUUCAAGCCAUCUGCAGUGCUCUGCACAACCAGCUCUGUUCUCAAGCUAAGCCGCUCAGCAUGGAAAAUCACACAGAGCUGGUCUAUUGUAUAGUUCAGCUAGCCCGUUCUUCUCCUGAUGAUCUGAUAGCCUUUCUGCACUCGCAGCUGGAGAUUGAGAAUGAGGCUGUUCGUGUGGCAUCUCUGAAUCUGCUCAGAGCUAUUGUUGGUGCUGACUUGCCCGAGACAAGACUGAAAAAGUUUCUGAUUGUGAAGGCAGUGAAAUCUACUUUCAGUGAUCAGAAUGCUACGGUGAGGAAGGCAGUUCUUCAUUUCAUCAGGACGCUGCUCAGCUCAGAAAGUGUGGAGAACUGUGCAGCAUGGGAUAUGGUAGCACAUGUUUUCAGGGAGUUCAGUGUGUCCACCAGCAAACUGGUGUUAUGGCCAAGGCUUCUGGAAUAUGUGGUGCCAGCUCAGUACACUGGUACUUUGAAGCCUCUCUGCAGAUGCCUUAGGGAGCUGGCUGAGAAAAAGCAGCAGGAAGGAGAAGAAGCUGCUUGCCUCGACUACGGUGGACCAGUGAAACUCCCUACACCCCAGGGGCUGCUGGCACGACUCCUGGUAGUGGCCUCGUCCCCUUAUGCAGGAGAAGGACACGGAUGUGCUGCCUUGAAGUUACUACAGGCCCUGCACCAAAAUAUCCAUGUAGCAGUGGGUGAGAUGUGGGUAGUAAAGAUCCCAUCUCUGCUGCAGUACAUUGAAGGUAAAGUGCUAGUUAGGAGGAGUGCUGUCUAUGGAGAAUAGAAGGGAAGCCAGAAAAUGCAGCUUCGUAUCGACACGUGUUGUGCCGUUCCUGUUGCAGUAUGUGGGAACAGUGGGGAAUUGGAAUUGGGCUUCUAGGCCCUCACUUUUCCUUCAUCUGGAUAACUGUGAACCACUGGGGUAAAUCUAGAGUUAAACCACUGAAGCCAAUUCAAUCCGGGCAGAAUCAGGCCAGGAAGGUUUCAGCUGA